AUGAGUUACAUGAAGAAGGACGAGGAUGCGGAUCAAACUAUGAUCAAGCUUGACCGCACCUCUGUCUUCCAGGAUGCGAGACUAUUCAAUUCGUCCCCAAUUUCUCCUCGAAGAUGUCGUACGCUCCUCACGAAAAUCGCCGUUCUACUAUUCACAGGAGAGAAGUUCCCGACCAAUGAGGCCACCACGCUCUUCUUUGGCAUCUCCAAGCUUUUCCAGAAUAAGGACCCUUCGUUGCGGCAGAUGGUGUACUUGAUCCUCAAGGAGCUCGCCAACACAGCCGAAGAUGUUAUUAUGUCAACUAGCAUUAUCAUGAAGGACACCGCUGUCGGCAGUGACGUCUUGUAUCGCGCCAACGCGAUUCGGGCAUUGUGCCGCAUCAUUGAUGCUACAACCGUCCAGGGCAUUGAACGAUUAAUAAAGACCGCCAUUGUUGACAAGACUCCCUCCGUGUCGUCCGCCGCGCUGGUAUCCUCGUAUCACCUCCUUCCAAUUGCGCGCGAUGUGGUUCGCAGGUGGCAGAGCGAGACGCAAGAAGCCGCUUCGUCGGCCAAGACAUCGACUGGAUUCCUCGGCUUCUCGUCUGGCCAGAACCAUGCCAUCUCGCAGGCCAACUAUAUGACCCAAUACCAUGCCAUUGGCCUUUUGUAUCAAAUGCGCUCGCACGACAGAAUGGCUUUGGUCAAGAUGGUGCAGCAAUACGGUGCAGCUGGCGCAGUCAAGAGUCCAGCCGCUGUUGUGCUACUUGUCCGUCUGGCCGCUAAGCUUGCAGAGGAAGACGCAGGCCUGAGAAAACCAAUGAUGCAGAUGCUUGAUGGCUGGCUCCGACACAAGCAUGAAAUGGUCAACUUCGAGGCUGCCAAGGCCAUUUGCGAUAUGAAGGACGUGACUGACGCCGAAGCCUCCCAAGCCGUGCACGUUUUGCAGCUGUUCCUUUCCUCUCCGCGCUCCAUCACCAAGUUUGCCGCCAUCCGGAUUCUGCACGCCUUCGCUUCGUUCAAGCCCCAUGUCGUGAAUCAAUGCAACCCAGAUAUUGAGUCUCUUAUCUCCAAUACCAACCGAUCAAUUGCCACAUUCGCUAUUACUACGUUGCUCAAAACCGGUAACGAGGCCAGUGUGGAUCGUCUUAUGAAACAGAUCUCGGGCUUCAUGGCAGAUAUCACCGAUGAAUUCAAGAUCACCGUUGUCGAGGCUAUCAGGACUCUGUGCUUGAAAUUCCCAAGCAAGCAAGCCAGCAUGCUCACUUUCCUCAGUGGCAUUCUUCGGGAUGAGGGUGGCUAUGAGUUUAAGCGUAGCGUUGUUGAAAGCAUGUUCGACCUUAUCAAAUUUGUCCCUGGCAGCAAGGAAGAUGCGCUUUCACAUCUCUGCGAGUUCAUCGAGGAUUGCGAGUUUACCAAGCUUUCUGUGAGAAUCUUGCAUCUUCUGGGUAGUGAAGGCCCAAAGACCCCCCAGCCUACCAAAUAUAUCCGUUAUAUCUACAACCGAGUGGUUCUCGAAAACGCCUUGGUUCGCGCAGCUGCCGUCACUGCCUUGGCCAAGUUCGGUGUGGGCCAGUCAGACCCAGAAGUCAAGGCCAGCGUGUCUGUUCUCCUCACCAGAUGCUUGGACGACAUAGAUGACGAAGUGCGUGAUCGUGCAGCUCUUAAUCUUCGCCUGAUGAGCGAGGAAGAUGAAAUCGCCAAUCGUUUUGUCAAGAAUGAGUCCACGUACUCGCUGUCCACAUUUGAACACCAGUUGGUCAUGUAUGUCACUUCUACGGACAAGGAAACUUUCGCCACCGCUUUCGACAUUUCUUCUAUUCCUGUUGUUUCUCACGAGCAAGCACUCGCCGAGGAAAGAACCAAGAAACUCACGUCUGCGACGCCCACCCUCAAGGCUCCUUCAACCGGGCCAUCAAAGGCUCAAGUUAGUGGCGCUGUAGAGGGUGCCGCUUCUGCCGCCGCUGCUACCCAAAAGUAUGCCGAACAACUUGCUCGCAUUCCCGAACUCAAAGAAUACGGUACCCUUCUCAAAUCAUCCGGCACUGUGGAGCUCACCGAGAGCGAAACCGAAUAUGUCGUGUCCGCCGUCAAGCAUAUUUUUAAAGAACAUGUUGUUUUGCAAUAUAACAUCAAGAAUACUUUGCCCGACACAAUUCUCGAGGAUGUCUCGGUAGUGGCAACACCAUCGGAUGAGGAUGAAGUCCUUGAGGAGGACUUUACUGUUCCAUGCCCCAAGCUGCCAGCUAACGAGCCCGGUAUUGUUUACAUCGCGUUCAAGAAGAUCAGUGAAGAGAGUGCUUUCCCAACUACCUCAUUCACCAACAAUCUCAAAUUCACCAGCAAAGAGAUUGACCCGUCUACUGGUGAACCUGAAGACUCGGGCUAUGAGGAUGAAUACCAAGUUGAAGACUUGGAACUUAGCGGCAGUGACUACGUUAUUCCCAACUUUGCUGGUAGCUUUGAUCAUGUAUGGGAGCAGACUGGCGCCAAUGGAGAAGAAGCUAGCGAGACGUUCCAGCUCAGUAAUGUCAAGAGCAUUGCCGAUGCCACCGAACAACUCAUCAACGCCCUCUCUCUACAGCCCCUCGAAGGCACAGAUGUGGCCCUCAGCAACACGACACACACUCUCAAGCUCUACGGCAAAACUGUGUCUGGCGGUCGCGUAGCAGGUCUUGUCAAGAUGGCCUUUUCCGCGCGCACCGGUGUGACAACCAAGGUAUCUGUUCGCGCUGAAGAAGAAGGAUUUGCCGCGGCUAUUGUGUCAUCGGUCAGUUAA